AUGUUUGCUGUAAGUGAGAAUCGGGCACCUACCACGGCAUUGUCAGAGUCAUCGGAAAUUGAAGAUUUGGAAGAAGUUGAAGAUUUUGGAGAAUGCAGAGAUGGACAACGUGCAAUUGGUGAAUGUGUGGCUGAAUUGUGUCCACGCGGCUACACCUGCGAAGAUAACCUCUGUUGUGAGAAAGUGAAAACUGAAGAAAAGAGAAUUGAGGUAAAGAACUCCACUGGAGCGACAAGAGCGGCGCAAGAAUUCACAAAAGUGGAAUGUGUUCCGAGUCCGUCCAAAAUUUCCACACCAAAGGAAGCACAUGGAAGCCUUGAGGAAGAAGUGAUGACCUCAACAAAAGAAGACAUUGAUUACGAGAACACUAAUGAGGAAAAUGAAGAAGACGAUAUUUUGUCCACAUUUUCAACGAAAUCAACAUCUCUCACAAAAAAUAUGGAAACGAGUAAAAAUAUGGCAAUAAUCAAACCAGAUAUUGAAAAAAUCGUUGCCACAAGAAAUUGUCCUGUUGGCGAAGCGAUUGGAGGUCAGUGA